CGUCAGGGUGUCAGGCAAAAGCAAGAGAAGCAUCAGGCAGUUGUUGAGACCACUUGUUUCAUUUUAGUUUGAGAUUUAACAUUCACUUGAAACCAAGUUGCCAAACCGGCAACAUCAACAUUUAAAAAUUCUUUUUUUUGUUUACUAAACAAUAUUAAUCAGUGACUUAAUUUAUCAAUUAAUCAGUGGUUUUAUCAAUACAGUAAAAUUUGUGAUUAAAAUUUUUUAAAUAUUUGAAUAAAUGGAGAGCAGCCGAACAAAAGUUUUUAAUUUUUUAUAAAUAAAUUGCCAGGGCGAUUUAAAUUUACUUAAAAAAAAAAAUUAGUAAAUAAACUAGAAUUAAUAGAAAGGGUGAGCAAAGUCCGUAGAUAUGCUCUUCAAUUAAAGUUAAUUUAAACUCAUUUUAUGAGUACUCUUCAGUAGUCUCAUUGACGAAAGAAUCUUCCGUCAAAGGUCAACGCCAGUGCGAGUGUUUAAAAUUAUUUAUUUUUAUUAAUUGUUUGUUUAAUUGAUUAAUAAAUAAAUAACAUAAAUAAUUAAAAAAUGGCUGAAUCAACUCGAGACUUAGAUAUGCAUAUUAUUAAUUUGCUGACCAAAAUAUCAGCAAUUCAAGCGAAAUCAAAAGAUCGCAGUAAAAGUCAUAGAAUUCCCAUGUCUACAGAACUAAGAAGUUUUGAAUUAUGGAAAGCAAUUGCUAUUGAAUGUUUAUCAACAUUUUUAUUCACACUUAUUGUACUUGGAGCAGCUUGCUCUUCAAAUGUUUACGGAAGUGGAUUGUCUGUACUAUCAACAGCUAUUGCAUCUGGAUUUACUAUUGCUGCUAUUUAUUUAAUAUUUGGCCAUAUCAGCGGAGGUCACGUUAAUCCAGCAGUGUCACUGGCAUUUGCAAUUACAAGAAAAAUAUCACCACUACGUGCAACUUUAUAUGUAGCAGCACAAUGCGGUGGUGGAAUCGCUGGUGCGGCAGCUCUUUAUUUUAUAAAUAUAAUCCAAUUGCUGCCACCAAACGGACGCUCAAUUUUGGCCCACGAAAAAUUGUUUUUGGAAAUAACACUUUCAUGGUUUAUUGUUGCGGCACAUUUGAAAGCAGAUCCAGCUAAAAAUUAUUCAGCAUUUCUUGCAACACCAGCUAGUGUUCUUGCUGCUGCUUACACAGCCUCAACAUUAGUAGCGAAUCCAUUUUUGAAUCCAGCAAGAGCAUUGGGACUGGCAUUUGUAAUAAAUAAAUGGGAAUGCCAUUGGGUCUACUGGGUUGGUCCUAUUCUUGGUUCAGCGAUAGCUUCAGUUAUCCACAGAUUCGUCUUGUGUUCGAAACGUCAACGGGCACGUGAAUCCCGUAACAUUGAUGACGGUGACAACUCAUCAUUAAGAUCCGACGAGGACACUUAUGAUGAUUUCGAUAAACCAACGGGUCCUAAAUUUACCAGUGGCUAUGCAACAUAUCGUCCAGUAACUGGAGCAUCAUCAAUAUAUUCCGGACCAACAACAACAGCAUUGGAACGCGUCGAGUCUAUUUAUGGUGGUACUAAGUCUCUUUACUGUAAAUCGCCACCAUUGACUCGUGCUAAUUUGAACAGAUCACAAAGUGUUUAUGCUAAAUCAACAUCAUCACCACGUGAUGGUUUCGUAAUUCCUAAACCGGGACCAUUAGUACCAGCACAGAGUUUAUAUCAAAUGAGGUUGGGUCAGGCAUCUUUACCUUUACCAUCACGUGAGCCUUUAUCUAGUAUAAUCGGUGCUCCACAACAAUCAUCAUCGUCAGCAUCAUCGCACAAUCCAACUCAAAAUCACAACAGUACAAAUCAAAACAUGCAGAAUCAGUUGCAACAAUGCACUCAAAGUAUUUAUGGUAUCCGUGGCAUUUCCACAAGUUUAAGUACUCGGGAAAACGGAAUCUAUGGUGUCACAACAGCAUCAAGUAUUUAUGGACGAGCACCAGCGCCACCACCAGAAUCACAGCAACAAUCAUCUGUUUCAUCAUCCCAAGCAAAUCAAUCAACUUCUAGCCAAUCACAUCAACCGCAGAAUCAGAACCAGAAUCAGAAUCAUAAUCAAAAUCAAAAUACAUCUGAAGGAGCGAUAACACGUCGACCUGAAAGUAUGUACGGACAUAUAUCACGCAGAAGCGAUGACUCAGCUUACGGAAGCUAUCAAGGCUCAAAUAGAGGCAAUUAUGGCAAAACAACCGGGCCGCCGCCACCACCGCCAUCUGGAUUCAUCGGGUCCGUUAGUUUUCGUGAUAACAGACCAAGUCCUGGUCCUAUUCAACAAAAUCAAGCUCAACAAAAUUACCAACGGAAUUCACCCAAUCCUCAGUAUUAGUCGUUAAUUUAGAUUAUUUUUUAAUACUUAUUACAUUUACUAUGUAUGUAUAAAUAUAUAAUAAGGACAUCUAUUGCUCAUAUAUUAUUUUAUGAUUUAAAGUGAUCACGUUUAAAGUGAUUUAUUAUUAAGUUACUAGAAAAAUAUUUUUAAAAAGACUGUAAAUAAA